CAUGACACUCCUUCUGUAUGCCCUUGGUCGUAUAUCAUCCUCUAAUAUAGGUCCUCACAUCUCCUGCUCGUCUGAACCACUGGCCGAUCAUACUUCCCUCAACUUUGCCGGACCAUGGACUGCCGAAGACUUCUUCAUGCAUGCACCCUUCUCAGCACAGCUUCUCUUCUCGUGUUUGCUAUCUUCUAGCCUUGGGACACCCAUCCUGUCCUGCUUUUUGGCUUUUGGCUUAUUACUUUGCAAAGUUUGUGCUCGGUCCCCAGAGCGCCCGCGCUUCAUCCAAAUCCUUCACUGAAGUCAUCCUCCCACCCGACGUAUAUUUAUACUGCGCUUUAACAGUCCAGGCGAACACUUCGGACGCCAACUCCUUUCUUUUCUCCCGUCGUUUACUCUCCCCUCAGCCGGAUUGAUUGACAAUGCUCGCUCGUGGCGGGCUGCUCGCCAUCCUAAUCACCUCCACCGCCACAAAGGACAUCACCCGCGCUGGAUACGAGGGCCUCGCGUCCACGCAGAGCCCUGCGAUCGAAGCUACACCGCCUCGGACGAUCUGGAGCAACCCCUUUGGCCCGGGAUCAGAGGUUCUGCCUUCGACUCUCAGCGCCUCGGCGUCCAGUACGGCAACACUACCCAAUAGCAUACUUUCCGGGGCAACAGGCUCAUCUGGCACGUCCGCCCCACCGCCUACCACGAUCAUCACCUCUACGCGUGUGCACACGAAUGCGCAAGGCGGGCUCUCCACGCAGGCCAACCUACCUCCUGGGCGACCUGAGCAAGGGCCGCAUCCGCAGAUGUGUGGCUCCGUGUCAGAAUGUGGGACGGAGUCGAGCACCGCCAGCUCGGCGUCAGGAAAGCGACGAUGGGUGUGGCGGAGGGAGGGAGCUGAAUGUUGAGCGUUGGGGGUUGGUCUUCAAGUGUAUGCAUGUUACGGUAACAAUUAUGUCUGCCCUGCAGUAGUCUCGUUUGUGCCAGCAGCCCCCCUCUCCGUGUAUCUCGAACCUUGCUUCGUAAUAUAUGCCAGUGUAGUGUCUAUACCUUGCUUUUCAAGCCGUCGAUUUACUCCCUGUUGCC